UGUGUUUUGGCUUUGUAAUUCCCUUCUACGCUUGCUGUCGACAUCAGAUCUGAAGAAAAUUCAUAAUGACAUCAGUAAGAUGCUGAUUGCAUUAUUUGAACUGAUCAAGACAAAAAAUAUACCUAUGUUCAGAUUAAUAAUCACUGAAGUCAUUCAACUUAGCGCCGAACUUGACCAAAUCUAUGAAGAUAACUUGAACCAGGAAGAUAACUUUGAAAAUUUACAGCAAAGCCUAAAAAAGUUUUCGUAUUAAUAACAGUGAUAAAAAUGCUUGUUUAUCAAUCAACUCAUUUGAUUUUCUUUGCACACUGAGGAAGAGUUGCAGUGGUCUGAUACAACCCUUCAUCUCAGAUAUUUGUCAAUUUGCUGAAGAUCAAUUGGAUGUUGUUUGGUGCAUUUCAUUAUUUCAACUGGAACAUGGUGAUUUCAUGCUCAAAUCAUCAUCACUUCAGCUACUAACUUCACUUCUUCAACAUUCAGGAAUUCCUAAAAACCAGAUUCUGCAGUAUUUUGUAUUCUGUUUCGUUGCAUCCUUUGAGUUGGGAGUUUCUUUGUUGAAAGAAGAUGACAUUUCUUUAAAAUCAGAAGAGGAUUGGGAAUCAUUUUUAAACAGUUUCUCUCAAUUUAUGGACGAAUUAUUUUCUUUGCAAGGAUUCACUGUCGACAGUUCUUCAUUCAAGACUGAAGAGAGGGAGAAAAAUAUUCACACAACCAGUGAAUGUGUCAACAAAAUGACUGUAAAUUAUUAUAUCCCUCAAACUUAUAUUUUGACUAUUUGUGAAGUACUCAUUGGUGAAAUGCAAACAUUAAAAUCCACAAAGAUUGACGAUACUGACGUAGCGAAGAAAUUCGUGGCAUCUAUGAUAUCUUGUUUGCGGCAUAUAGUUGUUUCCACAAGACGUGACCUUGACGCAAGCCCUUCCUUGAUAGCGAUGUCACGAAUGAGAGAUAUAAACCGUUUAUGCAACUUGGUUUUAGAUAAUGAUCAAUUUCGAGACAGCUCCAUGUUAAUAUCUGAAUGUAUAGUGUGUGAAUUAUCAUACUAUUUAGUCAAUAAAAUUGAUGGCGACGUGAACACAUCAUCGGAGUUUCCAAUCCUGGAUAGCAUUGUUACAAUUUUUACACAGAAACAACAAAGAAUUAUGAAUCUCUGUAAAGAUAACUCUAAUGAUGUCACAAAAUUAAUUCUCCCAAUGGAUGGUUAUUGUUCAUAUUUAAAUGUUUUUGUUAGUGUCAUGUUGUCUGUUAAACAGCAUGAGGAUUCUACAGAUGUCCUUUUUAUCAGUUGGAUGACCACUUUCCUCAACAAAAUACUUCAAAGAAAUGAAGUUUCAAUGUUAGUCAAGGUUUUUCUUGAUUGUAUGAACGCUUCUUUCAUCAAGUCAACUUCUACAUCUUCAAAACCUUUGAUUGAAUUUUAUAGACUUUCUUUAAAAAUUAUUCAGUAUUACUGUUUAUUACUGCAUUCUGCAACUAUGAACUGUUCGGAUAUUGAACGGUCUUCCAUUGAGGUGUUUUCCAAAGCGUUGGCAUUACCAUUUACUACAUUGUCAUCUUUGCCUUGGAUUGAUUCAUUGAAAUUAGAAGAUCUCAAUUCAGAUUUGGUGGAUACUGGUUUACUGCAUUCUACUUUGAUACCAGUAUCUCAAGGACUGAAAAAAGCUGGUAUUAACAUUUCAAAUACUGCCGAUUUGAAUGCCGAAUCAAAAGAUGUUAUUUGUGAAUGUCUGAAGGUUUUAGCUAUUGCUUUCGAACCAAAAUAUCAACGUUGGCGUUCCUCUAUCCUUUUUAGAUGGUCAAUUGGAAAAUGUAUAGAGAUUUCAAAUACGUCACUUUCUAUGUUGCCAUUUUUCAUUCAAAAUUCACUACGUGGAACUGGAGCUUUUAAAGGAAUAUUAAGUCAUGUAAAAACUGCCAGCAAGGAACUAGAAACUAAGUUUUCUCACACUGACUUACUUGUAUUAUCGAGUUUACUUUACAAUAUUAUUAAACUUAGUCAAGGGAAUUGCAGAAUUUUGGUUGAAAAUGAGCAAGAUGGUAAAAAUUUGUGCUCGUCGUGUUAUCGAUAUCAAACAAAAUUGUGUUCGUAUUUUUUGGAAUUGGUGCAGUACUCUGAAGAAGUAAAUAUGUCCAAUGUUCUUGAUCUUGUAGGCUCAAUUGUAACUUCAUUGCAAAAUUGUUUACUUCAUCAUUCUGUGAAUAACAUGCCAGAAGAUCAUCAACAGUGUUAUUCCGUACUUCAAAAUAUGUACUUGAAAGCAGCUGGGGAAUAUUUUGCUUCUUUGCAACAACAAUCUGUAACUCAAGAUAUGAAAGGCAUUUUAACACAAUGGAUAUAUGAUUUGAAAUUUUACAACGACGCCGAUAUGAAUUCUAUGUUUGGCAAAAUAAUUGGAAAAGAUAAUUUGAGUUGGACAAUAACUAUCAUGGCCAUCAUUGUGGAAUUAUUGAUGAAUUCACACAGGAAGAAAGAUGUUAAGGCUCGACUUCAUGGUAUUAAGUUAAUUGGUGUUAUACUCAAAUUAUCGAUGAAGGAUUCAAGUCUUGAAUUAACUUGUUCCGAUAUAUUUACUUGGUCUGUCACUCAACUUUGCACGCAACUGUCAUCUUCACUCCUUGUUGUGCAAUCGAAUGCAUAUUUAGAACUCAGUAAUAUAUCAUCUUCAAACUGUAUCCAAAAACAUAGCUUGGAAAUUUGUACUUGCAUUGCUAAAAGUCUUGUUGAUAAUGAUCCAUGUACUGGCAAACGUGCAGUUGUUGAAAUCUUGGAAGAUUUUGCAAAUAUAUUUUCAUCUUCUGCUGAUGAAUUUUUACGACAUCAUAUGUCAGCCAUCUUGCCUGUUGUCAUCUCAUCAGAUAAAUGUGAAAAACUUCUUAAAACGUUUAGUGAAACUACCGGGACAAGUAAAGCAGAUAUCCUAAUGCAAAAUUUUAAACACAUUGUAUGUCAUGCUGUUGUCACUGGCAACAAUCUACAAAAUUUAUUCGAAUUUCUUGAGAAAGAAACAAGAAUCAAGAAAGAAUCAUUGCUAUUGCUGAAUUUUGGAGGUCUUUUGCAUCAUUUGGUGUCACAUAUCAGUGUAAAUGUUGAUGGUGUUCACAGUGCACUCACUGUUAUAUCUGAUGUUAAAAAUUCAUUAUCUAAAAAGGCAUCAAAAAGUGCUUCAGGAUUAUCUGAAUUACUUCAGCCACAUUUCCUGGGAAUUUUGACCUUCUUCAAUUGCCAGUUAAGAUCAUCCUCUGUGGCUGGGACUGAAAAGAAAAGGAUAAUUGAAAGCCUGACUUGUUUAUUGAAAUUAAUGGAUGUUCGUGAAGUUACUUCAGUUAGAGUGAAAAUCAUCAACACCCUAUGUCUUGCCCAACAAUUGUUCAAGCAUUUGAAUUGGUAUACAAUUUGUUGCGAAGCUUGGAAUACAUUUGUCAGAUGUAUUGAACCUUCGUGUCUUGGAUCAUUAUUGAGUCAGAUUACUGUUACUUUGUUACCUCUACUGGAAACUUUGCCUAAUCAGGUUUCUACUAUCUUAUCAUAUUUGGUGAUAGACAAAUCAUCUAAUACCAAAGAUAAUUUACAUGAGUUGUAUUUUCUUCCCAAACAUUCUGCAUUGGAGAAUGUAUACAGAAAAGUACAAGAAGAAAUAAGCAGAAGACAUCAGGGUGAUAUUGUAACCUAUUUAGAGCAGGCUAUUCAGCUUAUGUCACAUGAAAGUGCAGAAGUCAGAAUUCAAGCACUAACAAGACUGAAACAAACACUCAAAGAAAAACAAAAAGAAAUACAACAACAUCAUUUGUCGAGUGGACGUGAUGUUACUGAUGUAACAAUGUCACAUCUUGUUUCAACACUACUAUUUGGUUGUCGUGACAACAAUAAACAAAUUCGUCUUUUGUGUGGACAAUGUUUGGGAUUAAUUGGUGCCAUUGAUCCAGAUAGGCUUGUUCUCAGUCUACCUGGUACAUCUACUGGUUUAUCUGAUUAUUUUACGAUCGAUGAUCCAAACUUUGCAUUCCAUUUAAUUUCUGAACUUGUAAAGGCGUUUCUUGCUGCAAAACCAACCCAUCAGGAUAUUUCUGCUUUUGCUAUUCAGGAAUUAUUGAAGAUUUAUGAUUGUAAAGAUGGUCCUAAAGAUACACAUGGUCGUCGUUUAUGGCGUAAAUUUUCAGAAAAUAUUCAAGAAGUAUUGGAACCCCACCAUACUUCAAGAUAUUUGCUCAAGAAAUCAGAGAUUCCUCUUUCAAACUUGAAGCAACCAGUUUUAUUCCGAAAACCAAAUAUGACUUUCAGAGAUUGGGCUGGAAGCUUUUGUGCAGUUCUUAUGCAAAUGGUCUAUGAAAGCAGCGAUAUUACAACGGCAAGCAAGGUAUUUCGCUCAUGUUCUGCAGUUACAAGGAAUGAUGUCAAUGUUGCUUUAUUUUUACUUCCUCACACAACGUUACAAUGUCUGUUACUCACUGAUCAUGCUGAUUUCAUUAUUCAAGAAAUACUGGCAAUUCUUGAACAUACUGAGCAACUCAUGGAUCGAGUGGGUGUUGAAUUUGAGAUUGAGUCGAGUAACAUGAGAACUGGUUCUGGAUUAGACCAAAUAUCUUCUCAAGAAAAUUCUGCGAAUCUACUCAAUGCACAGCAUGCGAGAGGAUCACAUUUACUUCAACUUAGUGCGCAAGCAAUUUUUUCUGCACUUGAUCAUAUUACACGAUGGUUAAGGCAAGCUGAAAUUGGAGCUACGGAUUCAAAGACGAAGGCUUCCAGUUCUUCAAGAAGUGGACAGAAUGCCGUGAAUAUCUCCUCGGUAAAAACAUUUCUGAGUAAGAUUCCACAACUGUCUCUGGCCGAAGCUUCAUUCAGAUGUCGAGUAUACAGAAGAGCAUUGUUACAUUAUGAAGCUCAUUUGAGGGGAAAUAGAGAUAGUUCUUCUCAUGGUGCAGGCUAUACUGUGGAUGAACAAGGGAUCGAUUUCCUUCAACAAUUGUUUGUAGAAAUGGAUGAACCAGAUGGUGUGGCUGGUAUUGCUGCUGUCAGAUUAGGAAAACCUACAUUAAACAUUCAAAUCAAACAACUUGAAAGUACUGGAAAGUUACAGGAUGCCUGUACUUGUUAUGAACAUGCCAUACAAUUGAAUCCAGAAGAUAUUCGCAGAAGAAAAGAUUAUGUUAAAUGUUUGAUGGAUCUUGGACAACUUUCCACUGCAACCUGUGUCAUAGAUGGUACUUUGUCUAAACAGGGUUCUUGGAAGAAUGAAUUGAAUUCAUUUCGGAUUGAAGCAGCAUGGAGAUUGGGUCGAUGGGAUGCAUUAGAAGAAUAUUUGGAUCUUCCAUCAGAAUCAAAAAACGAUUUACUGAGUAGAUCACAUGAUUGGAAUACAAGACUUGGAGAACUCCUACUUGUCAUUAAAGAUAAUAAAUGGAAUAAAUUUCAAAAUCUUGUCGAUGAGAUUUAUCUUGAUCAGACAGGACCAUUAUCAGCUGCAAGUAUGGAAAGCGGUUCUUAUCAACGAGGAUACAAGUCCAUACUUCGCCUGCACAUGCUUACAGAAUUGGAAUCAAUUGCAAGUAAAAUCAACACCGAAGAGUCGAUUAAUAUUAAUUCUGUUUCAAACGAAUGCUUCAAUUCAUGGCAGGAGAGAAUACGUCCUCUACAAACUUCAUUCAAACCCAGAGAACCUGUGCUUGCUUUACAAAGAACUAUGUUAGAGCUACUGAAUCUUACUGCAGCCAGGCAAAAUAAGAAACAAUCGCAAAGUGAAAUCAAGAUGAAACAACUUGUCGGAAAAUUAUGGCUGGAAAGUGCAAAACAAGCUAGAAAAGCUGGAUAUUUACAAACGGCAUACAAUGCAUUGAUUAAUGCACAAGAUCUUGAUUUACCAGAGUUUUGUAUUGAACAUGCAAAAUGGCUCUGGAAUAAGGGUGAAAGUCACCAAGCUUUACUGACAUUACAAAAAGGAGUUGCAGAUCAUUUUCCUGAUGGAAAUGAGAAUCCGAAUUUGUCUCGUGAUGAAAGAAUGUCAAAAGCAAAAGCAAUGUUACUUGUAGCCAGAUUAAUGGAAGAAUCUUCUAGCUUUGACAGCAAUACAGUUUUGAAGCAAUUUCGAGAGGUUGUGGCUUAUAUGAAUGAAUGGGAGGAUUCACAUUUCCAUGCGGCUAAAUAUUAUGAUAAACUGAUGACUGCAUUUAUGGGAGAUAAUAGAGCUUCAGGAAAAGCUAAUCAUCUUUACUACAUCAUGCAUCAUUAUGGACUUUCAUUAUGUUAUGGAACUUCUCAUAUCUAUGAAUCACUUACUAAAUUAUUGACUGUUUGGUUGGAUUAUGAAGCAAAUGUUGCAAAACUACAGAAAGCUAACAAACCAUAUAGCAAGGAUGAUGCACAGAAGUUAAUCAAUGUUAUUGCUGAUCUAAGAAGUCGACUUCCAGCUUAUAUAUUUCUUACUGCCUUCUCACAACUUGUGUCAAGAAUUUGUCAUCAGCACCUACCAACUUUUGAAGAACUAAAGCAAGUGGUUGCCAAAGUCAUAUGUGCUUAUCCACAACAAGCUUUGUGGACAAUGAUGGCAAUAUCCAAAUCAUCAUUUCCACAACGAGCUCAGAGAUGUAAAGAAAUAUUCGAUGUUGCUGAAGCAAGAGACAGAAAACUUGGAAAAUUAUUGUCAGAUGCUACGAGAUUAACAGAAAAGCUACUUGAAUUGUGCAAUAAACCUACUUCUGCCAUUCAAUCACUCAGUAUUUCAACUCAUUUCAAACCUUUGAAAAAACUUGUUGAGGAAACCUCUUUCAGUGAGAUCUUACUGCCAUUACAACGUUUCAUGACUGUCACACUACCACAAGGUGACACUGUGGGUACAUCUGUUCAAGAGCAAUCAACAUCUGGACGAUCUUCAUCAAAUGCCCCUACUCGAAGUCAUGAUCCCUUUCCUGAACAUGCUGUCCAUAUUGUUGGGUUUGAAGACAUUAUUGAAGUUCUCCCUUCUCUUCAACGGCCAAAGAAAGUGAGCAUUCGUGCAAGCGACGGCCGUUCAUAUUUAUUCCUGUGUAAACCCAAAGAUGAUCUGAGAAAGGAUGCAAGACUUAUGGAGUUUAAUACAAUAGUUAAUAAAUGUUUGAAACUCGAUUCAGAAACAAGAAAAAGACAACUUAAAAUUAGAACUUAUGCUGUGGUACCAUUAAACGAAGAAUGUGGUUUAAUAGAGUGGGUGCCUAAUACCCAUGGACUUCGGAAUAUUUUGUUAAAAAUAUAUCGAUCUAGGGACAUGUACACUUCUGGAAAAAUUUUGAAAUCACUGCAAUUGCCUUAUUCUGCACCUUUGGAGAAAAAGUUGGAUGUAUUCAAAAACAAACUUCUACCUCGUCAUCCAGCUGUGUUUGGUGAUUGGUUUCUAACAACCUUUCCUGAUCCUACUUCCUGGUAUAGUGCAAGACUGGCAUAUGCGAGAUCAACUGCAGUUAUGUCAAUGGUUGGAUAUAUACUUGGUCUCGGAGAUCGCCAUGGUGAAAAUAUUUUGUUUGAUUCAAUUACUGGAGAUGCUGUACAUGUUGAUUUCAAUUGCCUAUUCAACAAGGGAAUGUCACUGGAUGUACCUGAAAUUGUUCCAUUUCGCUUAACGCAUAACAUGACAGAUGCAAUGGGCCCAAUGAGACAUGAAGGCUUCUUUAGAUGUGCUUGUGAAACUGUUAUGAGGUUGCUAAGACAACAAAGAGAACCAUUGUUGAGUGUUCUCAAAACUUUCAUAUAUGAUCCUCUUGUUGAAUGGAGUAAACGUAGUCGCUCAGGUGUAACCAAUGAAUCUGGAGAAAUAUUAAAUGAAAAAGCAUUAUCACACGUCAGCGAUAUAGAUAAACGAUUGCGAGGUAUUGCAGCGAAAAACAAAGGAUUACCACUGUCUGUAGAAGGACAUGUACAUUAUUUGAUUCAGGAAGCAACUGAUGAAGAGAAGUUGUGUCAAAUGUAUAUCGGAUGGGCACCUUAUAUGUAACAAGAUGUCUUAUUUCAAAAUCUACAAACUUGGGCUAUUUGGAAUUCUCUACCUCAUAAUGUUUUUUUCACAUUGUUGCAAACUGUUUCAAGUCUGUGCCAAUCGAAGUUUUCUGGCCUCUAAUGCAUCAUAGUAACUCUUUGUAAUUUUUGUGGGCGUUGACAAUCUAGUGGUGCCCCAGAGUCAAUUCAACUUCUGAGUAAGUGGGAAUGACCUAGUAAAUUAUCAUGCAAAAUAAUCUUGUGGGUUCGGUACUCCGUCAAUAUUUGAUUUAGUGUCAAUAAUACAAGAAUAUAUGUUAUGGAUUUAUUUUGCAAUUUAUUUAUAGUAGAGAAGGUGGACAAGAUUGCUUAAUCAUACAACGAAGUCUGAUUUAGAUGUAAAAACAAAUUAUCGUUUGUUUGUAAACACAUGGAUGUAGUUGGAUACAGAAACGCCUUAACUGAAUAGCGUUAAAUUACUGUUCUAUUUCUGAGUCCAGUAUGGAAAUCGUGAGAGUUUAUCAACAUUUUUUGCUUAAAUUCUUUUGCCAUAAACUGUUGUCGGUUGUACUCACAAAGCUUUGGUGGAGUAUAUCCUAUUUACUUAUCAGUGUUGGCCUAAAUUGUAUGAAGAAUCAUAAUUUGAGAAAAAGCUUUUUUUUGCAAAUAUGAGGAUGAGAUGAACUUGAUAAAAAUAUUUAUGUGUUUCAAUUUCUUUAGUCUCAAUGAUAAAAUUGUACUUUGAAGUUUUUUUCUUUUGUUCCGCAACACUUUCUUGUUUGGUACACCAAGUGCUUUAUUAUUAAAACUUGAAAUCUUGCCAAA